AUGAUGGAGGAUCGGAGCCGGAAGAUUGGAACAACUCUGUGUUUGCUGCUUCUAUCGAUCGGGUGCUUCAUCUCACCGCUAUGCGCUUCCGGCGAUGUGAUCUUCCACGACUCGUUUGAUGAGAAAUUCGAUGGGAGAUGGAUUGUUUCUGAGAAGCAGGAAUAUUCAGGUGUUUGGAAGCAUGAGAAGAGUGAGGGGCAUGACGAUUAUGGGCUACUUGUCAGUCAGCAAGCCAGGAAGUAUGCCAUUGUGAAGGAACUUGACCAACCUGUGGAACUCAAGGACGGCACCAUUGUCCUCCAGUAUGAGGUCCGUCUACAGAAUGGCCUUGAGUGUGGGGGUGCGUACAUCAAGUACCUCCGACCCCAGGAAGCUGGUUGGAUCCCCAAGGAAUUUGACAACGAGUCUCCCUACACGAUCAUGUUUGGUCCUGACAAAUGUGGAGCCACGAAUAAGGUCCACUUCAUUCUAAAGCACAAAAACCCUAAGAGUGGGAACUUUGUAGAGCACCAUCUCAAGUUUCCGCCUUCGGUUCCCUCGGACAAGCUGACCCAUGUGUACACAGCCAUUUUGAAGCCAGAUAACGAGCUGAGCAUCUUGAUUGAUGGAGAGGAGAAGAAGAAGGCAAAUUUCCUUUCGAAGGCUCCCGGGUGUGGGGAGUGGAAGAGGCCAAUGAAGAGGAACCCUGCUUACAAGGGAAAAUGGCAUGCUCCUCUUAUUGAUAACCCCAACUACAAGGGUAUCUGGAAACCAAGGGACAUCGACAACCCCGAGUACUUCGAGCUUGAGAAGCCAGACUUUGAGCCAAUUGCAGCCAUUGGCAUUGAGAUUUGGACGAUGCAGGAUGGUAUAUUGUUUGAUAACAUCGUGAUUGCAUCCAGUGAGAAGGCCGCUGAGUCGUUGCGGGUGGCUGCCUGGAAACCAAAGUUUGAGGUGGAGAAGGAGAAGCAGAAAGAAGAAGAUGCUGUGGAUUCUGAUGGGCUUAAGGGCGUUCAGAAAUUGGUGUUCGACUACCUUUACAAGGUUGCCGACCUUCCUUUCUUGGGCGAGCACAAAGUCAAAGUCUUGGACUUACUUGAGAAAGCUGAGAAACAACCCAACCUCACCAUUGGUGUCAUUGUCUCGAUUGUUGUGAUUUUCUUCUCGAUUCUCCUGAAGCUCAUCUUUGGUGGAAAGAAGAAGCCUGAGGCUAAGGUAAGUACAGAGACCAAGAAAACAGACGUUGCUGAGAGUUCAAACAACCAGGGAAGCUCAGAGGAGAAGGAGGAGCAAAACGAGACUGCCCCAAGGAGGAGGUCUGUAAGGCGUGACAAUUAG